AUGGAUCAUCUUGAGGUCCAGGUAAGACAAGAAAUAGCAGACAAAUUCUUGAGUCUGGCAAACAGAUUAGAGAAUGACAGAGUACAAAACAUUGAUGGUGAAUUGGAAAGAACAAUUGAUAUAUUGAAUCAAUUUUCGGCGAUAGCAUCGGUCGAUAUAUCCGAAGUAUUGGAACUGGCAGCGCGGGCACUGUAUGAUUUGCGGGAACACGAUGACCAUGGCCAGGACCAACAUCAGUCUAGUACAUAUACAGCCUGUACAAUAAUUACACUAGAGCGUUGCCAAGGGAAAAGUGGUGCACCUUAUUACAAAAUUCCUUAUGAAACACUAGUGUCGCUGUUGAAAUACAACUUUAAACUAACAGACAUUGCUUCUAUGUUGGGUGUAAGUGUAAAAACUAUUAGAAGGAGAAUGUCAGAAUAUGGUUUACCGUCCAUACGUAGCAAAUAUUCAGCCAUGACGUGUGUGGAGCUGGAAGAGGAAGUAAGGAAGAUCAUCGACGAAUUUCCGAACGUCGGAUAUAAAACUAUAGCAUCCAUCCUCCAAUCAAAGGGACACAUUGUGCAGCAGUCAAAAGUAAGGGAUUUGGUAAGAAAAGUGGAUCCCCAGGGUACAUUAUUGAGAAGAAUGUUUUUAUCAUCUCAUAGGCUUCAGCGAAGAAGUUACAGUGUACGAGCUCCCCUAGCAUUGUGGCACAUUGAUAAUCACAAAUUGAUAAGAUGGAGAUUUGUGAUUCAUGGUGGCAUCGAUGGUUAUUCCAGACUACCAGUAUUUCUACAAGUAAACACAAAUAACUGUGCAGAAACAGUGUUAGCUGCAUUUUUGCAUGCGGUCCAAGAAUAUGGAACUCCAGAAAAAGUAAGAACAGACAAGGGAGGAGAAAAUGUCAAAGUGGCUGAGUAUAUGGUAACCCAGAAAGGACCCAAAAGCUUUAUUGCAGGGAGAAGUGUCCACAAUCAAAGGAUUGAAAGAUUUUGGAGAGAGCUGUGGCCAGGUGUUGUUACACUUUACUAUCAAAUCUUUCAUCAUAUGGAAAUAGAAUCUGUGUUAGAUCCUGAUGAUGAGACCCAUCUCCUAGCUCUUCAUCUAGUAUUUAAGUCCAGGAUUCAGCAGCAUUUGGAUGUCUUCAGAGAUUCCUUCUGUCGGAGACCUAUUCGAACAGAGGGAAAUCAAACGCCUCUUCAGCUGUGGAUCAGAGGACAGAUACUGGAUCCGUCAUGGUAUCCGCAAAGUGAGAAUGAUCAAUUGAACUUUGGAAUUGACUAUGAUGGUCCAGUGCCAGACCACGUUGAUCCUGACUGUGUGGAAAUACCGCCAACACCAACAUUUCCUAUAAUGGAGGAACACCAUCAGACAAUAUCUGAAAUUACUCACAGAAACUCAUUGUGUUUUGGGAUAGAUCUUUUCCAGGAAAUGGUCCAACUCCUGAGAAGCUUUCAGUAGGCAUAAAUAUGUCAUGGAUUAUUACAUGGUUGAUGGUUUUUAAAUCUCCUCUAAACUUUUGUAAAAUUUUAUGUCCAUCACAGGAUUUAUUACUCCCCCACCGGGAACUUAAGGGGGGCUGUAGUUUGCGUCAAUUCUGUCUGUCGCUAUACUACAGUAAAACACGCUUACAAGAAACUCGCUUACAAUGAAUUCAGUGAUUUUUAAGUCCCCUUAGGUGUCUUUUAUAUGAAAAUCUAAAGUGUAUAAUGAAUUAUGCUUAUAACAAACUAAAAAUCAUGGUCCCCAGAGAUUUGUUAUAACCGUGUUUUACAUAGUAUUUCAUACUGAAAACUUGGCAUGUGGGCACACCAUGGUAAAAUGGUGUGUCUGGUACCAAAAGUAGGACACUGUGACCUUGAUUGUGACCUUGUACCUCUGUAAAGAAAAUCCUUGUUCGAGAUCCAACUCCUAUACCAUUUCAUAAUGGAACUUCACAAUUGGUAUGUAGGUGCACCAUGGUGAGAUGGUUUGUCGUGUACCAAAAGUAGGCCAUUGUGACCUUAACUUUGACCUCUGUGGAAGAAAGAGCAUGUCCAGGCUCAUACGUUUUCAUACUGGAAAUUCAAACCUGGCAUGUGGGUGCACCAUGGUAAGAAAGUACACAUGUAUAUGACACAUACCAAAAGUAGGUCACUGUGACCUUGACUUUGACCUCGAUCAAGGUAUGCCCG